AUCACCCCGCGCGCGAUAGAAAGAGAGAGAGAGAGAAAGCGACUCUAAUCACCUUUCGAUUCCUUUCCCCUUUUCUCCCGCCUCAACCAAUCGGCGCCUUCUUGCCUGCACUUUCCACCAAUAGAGAGAGAGAACCAAGCUGGCGUCAUGACGUCGCUGAAGCAAAAACGAAGACAGUUCCUCCCUCCCCUCGCCGUUUUCUUUAGCGCAUGCGCGUUGUCGUGACGUCUGAGGAGCGUUUUGUUUUCGCCCUGCACUUCCUGUCUGACUUGAAGGGAGCGAAUGUGAGCGGUUGGAGGAGUGAGGCGAAGGGAAGCGAAGAGGGGAACACAGAGAGAGAGGGGCCGAAGGAAGGCGGCGGGGAUGAACUGGCUCUUCCCUCUCUCCAAAGGCGGAGGCGGGAGCGGGGCCGCGGCCUCCUCCUCCGCCUCGCCGUCCUCCUCCUCAUCCGCCUUGCCUUCACACCUCACCAGCCUCCAGCAGCAGAAGCAGCGGCAAAUCGAGUCUCUGCGCAGCGCCCACGCCGCUAUAGCUGAAAUCCAAAAAGAUGUGGAGUAUCGUUUGCCAUUCACUGUAAACAACUUGACAGUUAAUAUUAAUAUCUUGCUACCACCUCAGUUUCCUCAGGAAAAGCCAAUCAUCAGUGUUUUCCCACCCAUACGACAUCAUUUAAUGGACAAACAAGGAGUGUAUGUUGCCUGCCCUUUAAUAAGCAGUUUCACAAUGCACUCAGAUCUUGGGAAAAUUGUCCAAAGUAUACUUGAUGAGUUUUGGAAGAAUCCUCCAGUUUUGGCUCCUAAUUCAACAUCAUUUCCAUACCUUUACAACAAACCUGCUGGAAUUCCUUCAUACCCUCAGAAUUUCCCAUUUCUUUCUCCGUAUCGGCCACCAGAAACAAAUAGGUCUAUAGCACCUGUACCGGAUUCACUUUCUUCAGGCUACACAACAGACAGACCUGCUGCUCCUUCCUUUGGUAUGAUAUCAGACUUGCCAUUACCUGUUCCAACAACAGAAACAUUUUCACAGGGGAGCCAAAAUGGAUUCAGUUACAAAAUGCCUGAUGUUCCUGAUGCAUUUCCAGAACUAUCUGAUCUCAGUAUAUCGCAGCUGACUGACAUGAAUGAGCAAGAAGAUAUACUGCUGGAACAAUUUGUUAGUCUGCCCCAAUUGAAGCAAGUGAUUAAUGAUAAGGAUGAUCUAGUGAAAAGUAUCGAAGAGCUAGCAAAAAAAAACUUGCUCCUGGAACCAAGCUUGGAGGCCAAAAGACAGGCGGUGUUGGAUAAAUAUGAGCAGCUUACUCAGUUGAAAGCCACAUUUGAAAAGAAGAUGCAAAGGCAGCAUGAACUUAGUGAGAGCUGUAGUGCAAGUGCUCUGCAAGCACGACUGAAAGUGGCUGCUCAUGAAGCUGAAGAAGAGUCUGACACAAUUGCAGAAGACUUUUUGGAAGGGAAAAUCGAAAUAGAUGACUUUCUUAGUAGCUUCAUGGAGAAAAGGACGAUUUGCCACUGUAGAAGAGCCAAAGAGGAAAAGCUUCAGCAAGCUAUAGCGAUGCGCAGCCAGUUCCAUGCUCCAUUAUAGAUUUUUUCCAGAUAACUAGAAUUUCUUAGACGACUGAACAAAUCCAGCAAAACACAUGUUCAUAGAUCGGUAAUUCUGCA